GCAAGAAACCAGAGAGAGAGAGAGAGAGAGACCCACAGAAGCCGUGUUCCAGUCGCUCUCGCAGUUCAUUAAUUAUGGACAGUACUUUAAUCCAACGCCAAUAUCAUCUGAAGCAUUGUGUUCCCUUAUCAAGGCUUCGAACAUCCACUACCGCCUAUCAAAACCCGUUUUCCAAUUUGGGUUUCUGGGUCUCCAAAGUCUCCGGUGGUUUUUGCUUGAAGAGCGUUCACUAUAACGACAACGAUAUGCCCGUCAAAGACUCUGCUUUCUGUGUUUCCUCACCUGACCAUGAAGACGAUGAAGAAGGUGAGGUUUCAAAAAUGGGUGCUUUCAUUCACAAGAAAGAAGCUCCCAAUCAGAAAGAAGAAAAAGACAGAAGAAAUAGAGGCAAGCUUGAAGCUUUUGCCAAUCUGAGCGAAGAUAAUAGUCGCGAGAGCAGUUCUAACUCCGAUAUUUUUUCCUCGACGGGAAAUGAGGAACAGAGUCGGAGUAGUUCGGAGGAGUCAUCGUCGUCAUCGUCGCCGCCUUCAGUGAAAAAGCCAGUCCAGAAAACUCCUGCUCCAGAACUUGCCAUUUCCCGUGCCAUUGAUCAUGGCGACAAAAUGCGUUUGCAUAUAAACAAACAGGACUCGGAAUUAUCUGAGAUAGAGAUGAUGAAGGAAAGGUUUGCGAAACUGUUACUUGGCGAAGACAUGUCUGGCUGCGGAAACGGAGUGGCUGCAGCGUUGGCCAUAUCAAAUGCCAUAACCAACCUUUGUGCCACACUGUUUGGGCAAAUUCUGAGACUAGAGCCUCUACCUCAGAAGAAGAAAGCAAUGUGGAGAAGGGAGAUGGAAUGGUUUCUUAGUGUCAGUGAUCAUAUCGUUGAGUUGGCUCCUAUUUGGCAGACUUCUCCAGAUGGAAGUAAGGUGGAGGUCAUGGGUAGCAGACCUCGCUCGGAUCUUUAUGUCAACCUUCCAGCUUUACGUAAACUAGAUAACAUGCUUCUUGACAUAUUGGACAGUUUUGUGGAUACAGAGUUCUGGUACGUGGACCAGGGGAUUGUUGCUGCCUCAGAUGGUGAGGAUACGUCUUCUGCUUUAGGAAGAAGACUUCAGCGUCAUGAGGAAAAAUGGUGGCUUCCUGUUCCCCGAGUCCCUCCUUCUGGUCUCCGUGAACGUGUCAGAAAGAAGUUGCAGCACAAACGAGAUUGCACCAACCAGAUAUUAAAGGCUGCCAUAGCCAUCAACACUAUUACUUUGGCUGAAAUGGAUAUUCCUGAGUCAUACCUGGAAUCUCUUCCAAAGACUGCACGAGCCAGCUUGGGGGACCUUAUUUAUGGGUACAUAGCGUCGGAUCAGUUUGCUCCGGAGAGUGUGGUAGAUUGUCUUGAUGUGUCCUCUGAACAUCAAGCUAUGGACAUUGCUAACCGAGUGGAAGCUUCCAUUAACAUUUGGCAUAAAAGGGCCAAUUCAAAACCUGUGAACGGCACAGCCAGAUACAGUACAAAGACAUCUUGGGAGAUGGUCAAGGAUCUGAUGGUGGAUGGAGACAAAUGGGAAUUGUUCGCCGAGAGAGCAGAAAGCAUUAUUAUAUCCUUGAGACAGCGGUUCCCUGGUCUCCCUCAAUCAAACCUAGAUAUCAGCAAAAUUCAAGACAACAAGGAUGUUGGGAAGGCGAUUCUGGAGAGCUAUUCAAGAGUAUUGGAGAGUUUGGCGUUCAAUAUAGUAGCACGCAUCGAUGAUGUGCUCUAUGUUGAUGACUUGACAAAACAUUCUGGGGAUCGUUUUCCAGUGCCCAUGCCACGCACUCCGUCUAGGACGUGUUUAACAACACCAACUAAAACUCCUCCGAGAGCCAAGAGAUCUUCAAAGGAAGAGAAAACCCCAAUCAUUAGUAGCACGAGCAAGAACAACUUUCUUCCCCAGCGUGGGGGAGGGGCCAAGAGAGUUUUGACAGAUUAUCUUACCAUUGAUACCAAAGGGCAGACUCACAGGAACUCAAUCUGACCAAGCAUACCAAGCUGUUUGGGGGUGGUGUCCGAGUUAAUUUGCUGUUAGUUUAACAAAUCUAUGUUUCAUUCCGGUCAAGAGGUGGUAGGCCGUUCAACAAUAUGUGAAGAAGUUACUUGGAGAGCCUGAUUUCAAAAUAUGAGCUUUAGCUUAAGUGGAAUAUGUAGUUUGUAGAAUAGAAAAAUUUCAUGACAGAGACACCUAACUGGCUUUUCCAUCUUUCGGUUGCUUUUAACUUUGAAUGUAUAUGAAUACAAGGGAAGGGCAUGCGAUGUAAAGCGGAUGGUAUCUUGCUAUCUUAUCUUAUUCUUAAGUUAAAAUUUCCUGUGAUAACGGCUACGAC